AUGGACCUCCCGGAAACCUCCGCAUCCGAGCCCCCGAACGAGGCCCUCUCAUCACUCAUCCGGAGCGUGUACAAGAGUUCGUGUCUGAACUUCUACCUGAAUGGGACGAAGAUCACCUUGGCCUCUGUGGACCCCGAGGCCACCCUGCUGGACUUUAUCCGCUCGCAGCGCAAGCUCAAGGGGACCAAGUUGGGGUGCGGAGAGGGUGGGUGUGGCGCUUGCACUGUUGUCGUGCAGCAUGUGAGGGUUGGUGGGGGGGUUGAGCAUUCGGCCAUUAAUGCCUGUUUGGCGCCGAUUUUGAGCGGUUUGCUCUCUUCCCCUCUCCCAUCCCCCCUCCGGUGCUGGGACUGAUGAUGGGUCGUCUGUGUUAGUGGAGGGUAAACACGUAAUCACCAUUGAAGCUCUCGGUACCUCCGCGAACCCACACCCCCUGCAGGAAAGGAUUGCAAAGCUUCAUGGCUCCCAAUGUGGCUUUUGCACGCCCGGUAUAGUGAUGAGUUUGUACGCGCUUCUACGGAACGCUUAUGAUCCGCUGACACGGAGGUACCUGCUCAGUGAGGAGAUGGUGGAGUUGGAGGGUGCGUUGGACGGUAACCUUUGCCGGUGCACCGGGUAUAAGCCUAUCCUUGACGCUGCAAAGAGCUUCGUUAGGGAGGAUUUGGGUGGCGUCGUGUUUGAAGGGGGGAAGAAGGGGGCAAAAGUUGAGGGUGAGGGCGAGUUGAAUGGGAAUUAUAUCUCUGGAGUCAAGGGUUCGGGAACCGGGGGCUGUGGGCGGCCGGGCGGGUGUUGUCGAGAUAUCCCUGCGACCGAGUUCCCGGGGGAUGAGAGCUUGAGUGAUGAGACCGAGAGCUCGGGCGGAACGAGUGCCGCGGAGACGGAAGAGACUUCUCUUUCUGGAGCUACUAAUGGUGCUCCACCGAGGACUUGUGGGCGCGAUGAUUGUUGCAAAUUUUCAGCCGGCGGGAAUGGAGCCACCACCGACGUUAGUGUGUUGAAAGGGAAAUGCUCGUUCCCGCAAUUCGACUUCAAGUCCUACGAGCCACAUACUGAAAUCAUCUUCCCGCCAGCCUUGAGAAGGUACACCAAGCAGCCAAUCGUUUACGGAAACGAGAAUAAGCUCUGGUUCAGACCUACCACUAUUGAGCAACUCGUCGAUCUCAAGCACGCCUGCCCUUCCGCAAAAAUUGUGGCCGGGAGCAGUGAAGUGCAAGUCGAGGUCAAAUUCAAGCAUGAAAAGUAUCCGGUAUCGGUGUAUGUCGGCGACAUUGAAGGUCUCAAGGGCUUCUCCAUCGACGAGGCCACAGGCGAGGUCGUUAUUGGUGGCAAUACCUCAUUGACCGUUCUGGAAAAGGCGUGUUUAGAGGGGUACAAUAAGUUGGGCAAGAGAGCGUUUGUCCUCGAGGCCAUUAGGAAGCAGUUGAGGUAUUUUGGGGGCAGACAAGUUUGUUCCCCACUUCUUCUCCCCGCUUGAUGGUUGCUAGGGCUGAUGUGGUGUUAGAUUCGGAAUACUGCUACGCCUGCCGGAAAUAUUGUUACUGCUUCGCCCAUUUCGGAUCUUAACCCAGUGCUUAUCGCCUCUGGGGCUAUUCUUACCGCGCGGUCAAAGACUCGUGGGGAGUUUACCUUGCCGAUGAAGGAGUUCUUUCUCGCGUACCGGACGACUGCGUUACCAGUGGAUGCUAUCAUUACAAAAUUGACUAUUCCGCUGCCGGCAGAGGGUGCUCGAGAAGUCAUCAAAUCUUACAAGCAGGCCAAGCGAAAGGACGAUGAUAUUGCUAUCGUCACUGCUGGGUUCAGGGUCGUUCUUGAUGAGAGUGGUAUCACUACGGAUAUCUCACUGGCCUACGGAGGGCAUGUAUAUCCUCUUAUCACUAGUUAGUCUUUACUGACAAAACCAGAAUGGCCCCGAAGACUGUCGAGGCGAAGAACACUAUGGAGGCGCUCCUCGGAAAGAAGUGGUUUGACAAUACCACCCUUGAAGGUGCCAUGGCAGCGAUGGAAAAGGCAACCCUAACCCACCGAGUAUUCACUCAUUAUGGGCUAACAAUUACUAGGACUUCCCGCUUGGCUUUACUGUACCCGGUGGUAUGCCGACCUACCGUAAAACGCUCGCAUUCUCAUUCCUAUUCCGUUUCUGGCAUGAAGUCGCUGCCGAACUGGAGCUCGGGACCCAGGAGCAGCAGAUCGAUCAUGAAGUUACGGAGGAGAUUCGCCGCGGUGUCUCUAAUGGAUCUAGAGACAACGACAACCCGUAUGAGCAGAGGGUUGUAGGAAAGCAGAUCCCGCACUUAUCCGGCUUGAAACAGGCCACCGGGGAAGCCGAGUACAUCGAUGAUAUGCCCAAUAUUGAGGGCCAGCUUUUCGGCAGUCUCGUGUUGUCAAACAAGGCUUAUGCUAAGCUCGUCAAGGUCAAUUUUACACCUGCGCUGCAAGUGCCCGGUGUGGUUGGCUAUGUUGACAUUAAUGACCUCAACGACGAGCGCAACCAUUGGGGGCCUGUCUUUAAAGACGACUUCUUUUUUGCCGAGGACUUUGUCUAUUCGUAUGGUCAGCCCAUUGGUAUGGUGUAUGCCGAGUCCGCAGCUAUUGCACAGGAAGCGGCUCACUUGGUUGAUGUCCAGUACGAAGAGCUACCGCCGAUCUUGACCAUCUCUGAGGCAAUUUCUGCCAAGUCCUUUUUCGCCUAUGGAAGGAUGCUCAUUCGAGGAAAGCCCACUGCGGAAGCGUUUAAGGAUUGUGACUUUGUCUUUGAGGGCGUUUCUAGGAUGGGUGGACAGGAGCACUUCUACCUAGAAACUAACACCGCCGCAGUGAUUCCGAGGCCGGAAGACGGAGAGAUGGAGGUUUGGUCUAGCACUCAGAGUAUUAUGGAGACCCAAGAGCUUGUUGCGCAGGUUACCGGUGUACCUAGUUCUAGGAUCGUUGCCAAGGUCAAGAGGAUGGGUGGUGCGUUUGGCGGCAAGGAGAUCAGGACGGUUCAGCUGACUUGCGUUCUUGCGGUUGCUGCGAGGAAGGUUGGAAGGCCGGUAAGGUGCAUGCUUAACCGCGACGAAGACAUGUAUGUUUCUCUUUUUACGUACGGUUUUGUUGGUGGUGCUGAUGAUUAUAGGAUGAUUUCUGGCCAACGGAACCCCUUCCAGGCACACUGGAGAGUCGGCGUCUCAAAAGACGGGAUUCUCCAAGUCCUCGACGCGGACGUCUACGAUAAUGCCGGAUACUCUUGCGACGCUAGUGGCGCCGUUAUGGACCGUGCGCUCACGCACAUUGACAGCUGCUACUUUAUUCCUCACGUCCACGUCCGCGGUCACGUCUGCAAGACAAAUACCCACUCCAACACUGCUUUCCGUGGCUUUGGUGCACCGCAGGGCCAAUACAUUUCUGAGUGCAUAAUGGUCACCGUAGCCGACAACUUGAAAAUGUCUGUCGACGAGCUCCGCUGGAAGAAUUUGUACAAAGAGGGCGAAUUGACUCCCUUCCUACAACCUCUCGAAGAUUGGCAUGUCCCGUUAAUUAUCACUCAACUGAAGGCCGAAGCCGACUACGACACUCGCGUCCAGCAGGUUGAAGAGUUCAACCGCACGCAUAAAUGGAAGAAGCGAGGAAUCUCCUUGAUCCCCACAAAGUUUGGUUUAUCCUUCGCGACGGCAUUGCACUUUAACCAGGCUGGUGCACUGGUACACAUAUACCACGACGGCUCUGUUUUGCUUGCCCAUGGGGGGACGGAAAUGGGCCAGGGACUGUAUACAAAGAUGUGCCAGAUCGCGGCGCAAGAGCUAAACUGCCCCCUAGAUUCAAUCUUCACCUCCGAGACCUCCUCGAACACGGUAGCGAACACAUCCCCAACCGCCGCCUCCUCCAGUAGCGACCUCAACGGAAUGGCUAUCCAGCACGCUUGCCAGCAACUAAACGCGCGCCUAGAACCCUACCGUUUAAAAUACGGCGCCGACGCCCCCCUCAAAACCCUCGCACACGCCGCCUACCUUGACCGCGUAAACCUUAGCGCCAACGGCUUCUACAAAAUACCGACAAUCGGCUACGAGUGGGGUAACUACGUGGACCCGUUGCCAAUGUACUCUUACUUCACCCAGGGCGCAGCCGUCUCUGAAGUAGAGCUAGAUGUGCUCACAGGGGCACACACUGUGCUCCGCACGGACAUAAAAAUGGACGUUGGCCGCUCGAUCAAUCCUGCAAUUGACUACGGCCAGAUCGAAGGUGCCUUUGUCCAGGGCCAGGGCCUUUUCACAAUCGAGGAAAGUCUCUGGCAAAAGAACGGCGAGCUUUUCACGCGCGGUCCCGGAACCUACAAGAUACCCGGCUUCGCUGAUAUCCCGCAGGUGUUCAACGCUGGCUUGCUCAAGGGCGUGAAGUGGGCUAAACUAAGGAACAUUCAGAGCUCCAAGGGGAUCGGCGAGCCGCCCCUGUUCUUGGGCGCAACCGUUCUGUUUGCGCUGCGCGAGGCGGUAAAGGCUGCGAGGGAGAGUCUUGCGGUUGAUGCGCAGUCUAUGGGCGUCGUGCAGUUGGAUUCUCCGGCUACGGCGGAGAGGUUGAGGCUCGCUAUUGGGGAUUGGAUUGUCCGCUGGGCAAAGGUUGAAGCGAAGGAGGGGGAGAAGGGCUUUUUUGUUGAGGCAAUGGCGUAGGUCUUUAUCUUUUGCAUUUUUCGUUCUCAUUUGUUGGCUUUGCAUGACGGAUUUUUUUCAUGCUCGGAUUUUUCUGCACAUUUGCGCUGUGAGUUUGGGUUUUUAAUGAAAUUACUUUGAUAUCUUGUACUGCAUGACCACCCAGUACACAUCUUC